AUGGAGCGUUUUAUCUCCAUUGUUGGUGCUUUACAGUACCUGACGCUCACUCGACCCGACCUGCAGCACGCUGUUCAGCAGGUGUGCCUCCACAUGCAUGCGGACUCCCACUGGACCUUGGUGAAGCGUAUUCUCCGUUAUAUACGUGGCACCAUGUCCUUGGGACUCACCCUGACGGCCUCCGCCUCCACCGACCUCGUGGCCUACUCGGAUGCCGACUGGGCUGGCUGCCCCGACACUCGACGCUCCAUGUCCGGCUACUGUGUCUACCUUGGGCCCUCGUUGAUCUCUUGGUCAUCGAAGCGGCAGCCCACGGUCUCUCGCUCCAGCGCCAAGGCAGAGUAUCACGCCGUGGCUAAUGCCGUGGCUGAGUGCUCUUGGCUCCGUCAGCUGCUCCAGGAGUUGCGCCGUGGCUAA